AUGGCUCCGGCCUACUCUGACUAUGGCUCUGUCUCUUCGAUGCGAGGGGAUAUCCCACUCGUUGUUAAAUGUACAUUUGAUCGGUCGAUGCGACGAAUCACGUUUCAGUCAGCACAGACGUGCACGUACGAGUUGCUGCGGGUGAGGAUUGAGGAGUGUUUCUCUCUUGCUGCGAGCUCCUUCACCAUCUCAUACACAGACGACGAUGCCGAAGUUACGGACAUAAAUUCAGACAGCGAUCUCACUGAGGCAGUCUCAUAUUUCCAGGCUGGAGAAGAGAUAGGAAGCUCAGCAGGUUCUGUUUACUCUUAUAGGUCAUCUGGUCCCAAGAAGAUCACUCUACGGGUCACCGUAACUGUCGAUUAUGAUGGCCCAAGUCUAUCCGAUACGGCCUCCCUUGCCUCAAUGGAGGAGUAUGCUGGAGCACGUGCGAGAGCUCAGGCCGAACUUCACGGGAACACGAAUGGGUUUGGAUUAUCACCAGAGGAAGACGCAAUUACUUUGAAUUCCCAUAGUGCACCCGCCACCGCAGCAGUGGUAGCACCGCAUGGAGUACCCGAUGACUUCUCCCUGUCAGGAACGGAUGACGACGGCGGUGUUCUGGAAACCGUUGAUGUAUUCCAACGACUACGUCUGGAUACUUCAAGUGCUUCUCUACCUAGCGAACGAGGUGUGCAGUGGUUACGGGAGCAGAAUGCUUAUACGAUGCGUACGGUGCUUGGUGUUGAGCCCGAACCAUCGGUCUCUGAGAUCACGGAUGCCGAAUUAGGCCCACCGCAUUCUGCGGUCGAUUCCCGAGGAGGUGAUUUAUCAUUGGAGAUGGAUGAACGCGGAAAUUACUAUUAUACAUACACAAGCGAGUCGGCUUCUGUAACUGGCCCGGAACCACAGCCACUGCAACCCAAAGCACCACAACACAACCUCGAUUGGUUGGCUUCUCAGCAGCAACCGCAACUGUCCCACUCUCAAUCCCAGUCCGAAAAUCAAAGCCAAUACAAAACACAGAGCACAAAAUCCUCGUCGAGCUCUUCGCAAUCCUCGCAGCCUUACUCUCAAGAAUCUCGGGCAUCCAGCUCGAACACCAACGUUACCCCGCCCCCUUUGCCGCCUCGUAGAGUCAACCCUGAAGACUACCCUGGAAUUCCACCAGAGGUGUUACAAUUCAUCUCUGCUGAACCACCGGGGUUAGAGACACCUGAUCGUGUCACAGACUGUUCAGCAUGUGGUGUACUUCUGGACUCUUUCCGGUAUGUCUGUUCGACAUGCGGUGAGAAACCCUCGCGUCCUGUUCACCCCGAGAGCCCAAAUACUGUAGUCGACGGAGGGAGCAAGGGGAAAGAACGGGCAGCGGACCCAUUUGCGGAUGAAUACGCCGGAGGACACACCUACCCACCUGGGGGAUCUUCACGCAGUGCAACUUACGGGUGGACUUACUCGGACGAUUACGGCCGGUUCAACCCUAAUAUCACUCGAGCUCGAAACUCCCAAUCGCCUCAUAACCGAACAUCUCCCCAUGCUAGGUCAACCUCUUCGCCACACCUGCACCAUCCAUCCUCCCCAGCUGCUUCUUCCCCUGGGUCAUCGUCCGGAUCGGGCUUGGAGCAUGGGUAUGAACUUUGUAUGGGUUGUAUUGAGACGGCAGGGGUGAUACACGCUGCCGAAAGCGCUAGCCUUUCGAGCUUAUCAAGUGGAAGUAGUACCACUCUGCUAGGGAAAAAACGAAGAUCAGGCAGGAGACAUGCAUAUAUGGAGAAGGUAUGGAAUUCUGGUGCUUGGACAGACGUUGCACGAAUCCGGAUGGCUCGUAUUGCUUCCACCCCGCUCCAUGCGCAUACACAUACACAAGCACCCUAUACAUCUACCUAUCUCGUAUCGGAUCGAGUUUGUGACGUUCCAUCGCUUUUAGAGCAGGACAAAGCCAUCUCAUGUAGCCACUGCAAAAAGACAGUUGACGUCAAACCUUAUAAAUGCGUAUCAUGUCAAAAUUUUGCCUUGUGCUUCGAAUGUUAUACCCAGGUACACGACAUACACCCAAUCCAUGCAUUCCUUGUCGUUCCGGUCACCAAACCCAAUGAACACCAACCCUACAAUCCUGUCGCAAGGUUUAGUAUAGACUCCCAGGACCAAACAAUGCAACAUCAAGGGGUACUGUGUUCUCACUGUCUACAGAUCAUAAUUGGCGCACGGUUCCACUGUGCUGUUUGUCCCAGCGUGGACAUAUGCGCCAAUUGCGAGUCGGCAGGACUGGCCCCCCCGGAGGGGGAGCAUGAUUCGUCACAUAUUAUGAUAAAAAUACCCUACCCAUUGGACAAACGCGAAGUCAACGAUGCGAGUAGACGUGCACUUGACUUGUGGGACUCGCGCGAUGGCCCUGCACUCGGCGUUCAACGCCCACGAGCGAAUUCUGUAGGCUCCAAUCAAGCACGGACGGUACUAGGUACAGCAAAUAAAGAUGUCGCUAUCGACCACCAUAUCCUAUGCAAGGGUUGUGGCGUGUCGAUUCGAGGCGUACGGUAUCAAUGUGCAACAUGUCCCUCUCUACCAACGUCCUAUAAUUUGUGCUUCCAAUGCGAGCAGAAGUCGCAUUUGAUUCACGAUCCAUAUCAUGUGUUCCUGAAACUUCCUCGGCCAGUAGACCGUCCUAUCGAAAGUCCACAUCCAGUCAUCCCGGUUGUCUAUAGCGAGCCUGCUGGGGGUCACUAUCGAGGACCCGAACCACGAGCCUACCUGCAAGGGCUACGACAUUCGAACGCUUUAUGCGAUUUGUGCACCUCUCCCAUAGUCGGAGAAUGGUUCCGAUGUAUCAUGUGCGGUAAAGACUACUGCGACGAAUGUGAAUCGAUUGGGGGCCAUGACCCCGCACAUAUUUUUGUUGUGUUUAAAGCCAAGGUCGAUACGCAGUUAAUAGGCGCAAUCACCGACCUUACGGCGACGCCUCUCAUAGAAGAGGUCCGUUCGACUGGCACCAAGGUUGACGAUCUUUGGGCAGCCAUCACGGUCUUUUUCGAGACGGACCACCUUGAACAGGACUGGAAUCAGCACCGACACCUUUGUCGGUCCGCACACUCUAGCGGCUCCGAGCAAGGGGAUGAGAAUUCUUCUGCUACUGCGCAAUACACACGUCAGAGUAUCAUUGGGAUCUUGUUCCCGGUAGACGAGGACCGACCAAGGCUUAUCCAAUUAGACUGCCGGGCUAGAAUUGAUAAUUCCACGGGAGGCCCGCUAGCCUGGCAACCUGUGGUUACAAACAUAGUCAACGACGACCACCCUUCUCAGGUUGUCCUAGAACAAGGUAUCGCUGGCGACAACCUGCGGUUCCCUAUCCAACUUUGGUCCCGAGGAGCGUUCCUGACAGAUGGAAGCGCAUUGAACCAGUCUAUUUACCGACUUACAAAAGGUCAGGCGACGUAUCCAUGGAAAGGGCCGUUUAUUGCAUUAAAAUUCAGUGGGACACGUAGGCAGGGCUACGUUGAUAUGUCCCUAAACGACCUGCCUGCUCUGGUCAGCCAUUUUCUUCAGGUCAAAGUGGCAUAA